AUGACUGUCGUCACAAAGACUGAGUAUCAACGACCAGUAGACCGAGGUUGGGCAUGGGUGGUUAUGUGUGCCAUAUUCUUACAGCUAUUCCUUAAUGUUGGUAUAUCAAAAUCUUUCGGACUAUUCUUUAUCCAAUUUAUAAUUGUUUACAAGACAAGCGCUUCGCUGAUAUCAGGAGUUAUAGCUUUGCAGACGGCAAUGUUCAGCCUUUCGUGUGGUGGUUGCGCACUAACUUUAGGCCCUGGUCUAGUUGUUCUGUCUUCAUAUUUCGAAAAAAGGCGUGGCUUUGCAAACAGUAUUUCAAAUGUAGGAGCAAGCAUUGGCAGUUUGGUAUUUCCCAAGAUAAUACAGGUGCUAAUAGAUGUGUAUGGACUUCAAGGUGCCUUGAUUUUUGUAUCAGGGAUUCUGUUUCACAAUUUGAUUGUUGCAAUGCUGUUGCGCCCAUUGCCACCGUCGGUCGAGACUGCCGGAUCGAUACAAGGAAAUAUUGAGAAGGAAGAACUUCUAAAAUAUCCAAAGAGAUAUGCCGAGUUCAGUGAGUCGGCAAAUCCAAAAACAGUACAUCAUGGUAAACGUUCAAAUAAGGAUGUCAGGAGUGUUUGUUCCCGACCAAAUCAAAAUAUAUCUUCUUCCUUUGAGGAGGAAAGUCCACAACUUUUAAACGACAAAGUAGAUGACACCUUAAAGCAACUGAAAGAGACUUCCGGAUUAUCUUACAAUGAAAAGAAAGACAAGGAAAUGUGUCGAAGCUCAUUGGACUUAUGUACCAGUACGGGAAGCAUUUCAUGUUCUAUACAAAACUUAACAUACUUUUGUAUUUUCAGUUGUGGCUUGACCAUUACAUACAUUCCUCCGUUUGCUCGCGAAAACAACAAUUCAGACGAAGAAAUAGCUCUCCUUGUUAUGAUCUUUGGAGCAUGUGAUGUUGUAGCUAGAUUUUCAAUUGCUUGGAUUGCAGAUUCUAAGAGAAUCAAAAGAACGUAUAUUUUGGGAAUUACAUUAUUAAUAACUGGCACUGUCACUAUGUUCAACACUUUCUUUACUAAUUUUACCAGUUAUAUACGAGAUAGUACAGGAUCUUACAAUGUUACAUUUUACGUUAUUGGUGUUGGGAUGAUUAUCGGGGCUUUAGCAUUGUUUUGUGAUUCUUGGGUUAUGAAAUUAGAGGAACAGAGAUUACAAAAGAACAGAGAAGUUGAUAGCGAGGUUGAAUAA